CUAAUGAAUGGUGACUGGCUGACAGAGCGCACUUCCACUGUCUACUCCCUGGGAGACCUCAUUCACAUUGAGGCAUCUGCUUCAAUGGACAACCACGUGCCCCUGAAGCUGUACAUUGACCGCUGUGUAGCUACACUGAGCCCAGACAAGGACUCCAGCCCCAGAUACAGCAUCAUUGACUACAAUGGUUGCCUCCUGGACAGCAAAGCUGAGGACUCCUUUUCAACCUUUGUGUUGCCGAGAGACGAGCGGGAGCCGGACAAGCUCAGGUUUGACCUGGAUGCCUUCCGCUUCUAUGGAGAUGAGCGUUCCUUGAUUUUCAUCACCUGUCACCUGAAAGUUGCUGCAGUGGAUCAGGGAGAUUCCAGGAACAAAGCUUGUACUUUCCAGAAGCUGCACAACGUCUGGACCCCACUGGAGGAAUCGAACAGUGACAUUUGUGCCUGUUGCCAUGUGGGGAACUGCGGUAGCACAAGGGAGAUCCUGUUUCCCUCCAGAGGAAGGAGAGACCUUGGACUUGAAGAUGAGAGUGAAGCUGGAUUGAAGCGGGAGGGUGAGGCCUCUCUCGGCCCCCUGCUCAUUCUGGAUCCUGAGCUGACCAACCUGGCAACUGAGCCCAUGACUGAGGUUGAGCAAACGAUACAGGAGAGGUCUCCAGGCGGUGUGCAGUCUGAGCUGGUUGUGAUGGUGGCCCUGACAGUGACAGCUGUCUCCCUGAUCUCUGCUUCAUUGAUGGCCUUGUUCCUGUACAGGAAACACAAGCAGAUUCAACUGUUGUUGGAAUAGUCCAAUAAAGCAGUGAUUCCUUGU